UAAGGAAAAAGUGAACAUGUCUGCGCAUCUUUUUUUAUUAUGAAUUUCUUGUAUGAUCUUAAUAUGUUAAUAAUCUUAGUAUGUUAUAUAUACGAAGUUAACCAUUAAAAUGUCUUUUGAUAUCACGACAUCAGCGUCAUCUGCCAACAAAUAAGUUAUAACUUUUAUUUUAUAAGAAUUUAUCUUUUAUAGUUGCCUUGUAGAAAUCAAGGGUAAUAGGUGAAAGUUGAUUUGCAUUAAGCAUGCUUUUAUACGCAUACUUGUUGCUUACGUGACAAACGCGAAGCAGAAGAGAAAGUUCGUUCUUAAUAAACUAGUAUUAGCGAAGAUGUCCAAGUAUAAGUUUGUUUUAAAUCUGCUCAGAAACGAUUAUAUUAUUAAAGAUUUAUAUCAUAAUAAGUGUAAUAAUGUGUUCAUGAUACAGAGGAAUGUCUGUUCUUCUAAAGAAAAAAAUAUUUAUCUAUAUGAACCUUGCAUGUUUGCUGCAAAACCAGUAGUAAGUCAAAAACCAGAUUGGAAUAAAGCUGUUUCUGAAGCUGAGAAAAUUGUGGGAUAUCCAACAUCUUUUUUAAGUUUACGAUGGUUGCUCAGUGAUGAGAUUGCCAAUGUGGCUUUACACUUAAGAAAAUUAGUUGGAUCUAAUCAUCCUUUGUUAAAAACAGCGAAAAAUUUGAUAUAUAAUGGCCGUGAUAGUAUGCAAGCUUGGGGUUUAAUUAUAUUAUUAAUAUCUAAAGCUGCUGGUCAUUUAAAUGUCGAUAAUAUGGAAGAAGAUAAAGCUGCUGGUGUUUUACACAGUCAACGGGCAUUAGCAGAAAUUACUGAAAUGAUACAUACAAGUCAUCUUAUACAUAAAGCUCUUGUAAAUAUACCUCCUGGAAUAUAUCCAGAAACAUCUGAGUUACAUGACAUGACAUUUGGUAAUAAAAUUGCUUUAUUAAGUGGUGAUUACUUACUCAGUAACAGUUGUACUGAAUUGGCAAAUCUUAGGAAUCAAGAGCUUAUUGAAUUAAUGUCAACUGUUAUAAAAGAUUUGACUGAAGGAGAAUUCAUUGGACGACGAGAUAAUCAGAAUAAUCCAUUACCAUGUGAACCUCCACCAAAUCGUAAAGAUUAUGCUGUAAAAGAAUGGACAUUAAGAAAUGUAUUAAGUGCUGGUACUUUACUUGGAAAAUCUUGUAAAGGUACUUUAAAAUUAGCUGGCCAUAGUGAUGAUAUACAAGAGCAGGGCUAUGAAUUCGGAAAACAUUUAGCAUUAGCUUGGCAAGCAUAUUUGGAUCUAGGGGUUUUUAUUAAUAAAGAGCCACCUGUAUCUUUCAAUUUAUGUUCUGCACCCAUUAUGUUUCAUAUAGAACAUGAUCCAUCUAUUUUAACAGAAAUAGAUAAGGGUUUAGAAUCUAUAGAUAAUGUAGAUUAUGCAAAGGUAUACAACAUUGUAAGUCAAGGGCCUGGCAUUGAAUUAACAAAACAGUUACAGAAAAAACACUCACAGAAAGCAACAGAAGUUCUUAGCGUAUUUCAAGAAAGUGAUGCUAGAACAGCAUUAUAUAAUAUCAUAGCAGCAAUGGGAGAUUUUUAAAUUAAAGUUCAAAGUUAAUGAACUGAUGUGUGUAAUUUUGUCAAAGAUUGCCCAAUGUCAGUUCAUACACCGUCCAAUUUUCAGUUUUGAAAUUAAUAUUUAAAGCUGAACAACAUACUUACAUGUAUUUAACUAUUUGUAUAUAUAAUACAUAAAUCAUGAGUACAUUAUAUUUAUAUAUAUUUGUGAAUAAUAUAUAAAAUUUGUAUGUAUAUUUUUAAAAAAUUCGAAUAAUUCUAUUUAUGUCCCUCGUAAAUCUGUAUAAUGCAAAUUGCAAAUAUGUUUCUAUUUUUUCUUUGGAUGAAAAUAUUAACUCUUUCCCGUCGAAGUCCGGGAUAUUCAGAAUAAUAAGUCACUUUUUUAUCGUUACAUCGUAUGCAAGGAUAUUUCCGUCAUGAUUUUUGUGUAAUUUUUUAAGAAAUGAACUCUAUUAUGUAGCUUAUGUUAUUGUACUGCAUAUAAAUUUUUGUUUAUAUUGCAUGUGCUGUGCAUAUGUAAUAUAAACAAAAGAUUAGAGAGAGAGAGAGAGAAAAUCUCAAAUCAUAAAUCUGUGUAGAAUUUCCGUUUCACGUAGUUAUUGAUUGAGCAUGUCACUCAUUGCGCAAGCAAAAAUAAUUCCGACUAACAGGAUAUCAAUGUUUAUAACUAUUACGACGGGAAAAAGUUAAACUAUAGAAAUUUAUAAUGGUGAAUCGUUUUAAGUUGACAUAUAAAAUGUCCAGGAAUGCUACACAAGGAUUAUAAAUAUGUUGUGUAAAUGAAUAUUUGGGUAUUAUAUUAAAUUCUGUCGAGUUUAAAUCGAUUUAUUCAUAAAAA